AUGACAACCUUCAAUACAACCUACAGAAUCAUCCAAUUCUUACAGAAUCAUGGUUCUUUUGUUCGUUCUAAUAUUAAUGAAAAUAAUAAAUCACGUCAAUAUCUAUUUGGUACACUUAUAAGAAAUUUUGAUGAGAUUGGAGAUAUCUUAUUCAUAGGAUCCGUAAUAAAACUAGGUGAAGAAAUAAAAGUUCAUGAUUGCACGUACCUUACUUCUAAAAAUAAUGAAGAUCUAGAAUUACCUAAUUAUAACUACAUCAUAUUUAUCGCAGAUGAUAAUAGUUCAACAAAAGAUGCCGAAGACUACUCAUGCAUUGCAGUUCACUUACGUGAGUACUUGCAAAAUAGUGAUUCCCUUUCCUAUAGGGCAAAGAUGCAAGAAUGUAAUUGUUUAAAAGGAAAGAAGUUUUGUUUUUGUGAUUCUAUAUUAUUGGAUUUGGAUUUUUGGUAUAUUCUGAAUUUGACUGAUACGAGACCAAUGUCGAACUCAAUUGAAACCACAAGUCAAAAUAGAAAGAAAAAAAUAAAUGUUCAAAUUGUUCGAAAAGAUAUAAACCU